GAGAAGAAGACUAGAGUCUAGAGGUGGUAGAUAGAGAAAGAAAGAAAGAAGAAGGAUGGGUUUGUUGUCAAACAAAGUGGAGAGGUCUGAGAUCAAAGCAGGAGAUCACAUCUACACAUGGAGAGCAGUAUAUACUUAUUCACAUCAUGGGAUUUAUGUAGGAGGAAGCAAAGUAGUUCAUUUUACACGCAAAAAGGAUGCAUCGUCGAACAUCGAUUCAUUCGAUUCAUCGUCUAAUAUCAGCCCAAAGGCUCCAUCAGUUUGUCCAACAUUCCCUGACUGCGGUUUUCAGAGACCAAACAGCGGAGUGAUUCUAUCUUGUUUGGAUUGUUUUCUUGGAAAUGGAUCGCUUUACCUCUUUCAAUAUGGUGUGACACCGUCGGUUUUCCUCGCUAAAGUCCGGGGUGGGACUUGCAGUACGGCAGAAUCUGACUCGCCGGAGAUGGUGAUUCACCGGGCAAUGUACCUUCUCCAGAAUGGGUUCGGGAAUUAUGAUGUGUUUGAGAAUAACUGCGAGGACUUUGCAUUGUACUGCAAGACCGGGUUGCUGACUCUGGAGGAACUGGGCAGAGGAAGGAGUGGGCAGACCUCGUCGGCAAUUGGUAUACCUUUGGCGGCUAUUAUUUCAUCUCCGUUGAAGCUCUUCCUGGCAGGUCCUGUCGGGGUGGCAACUGUGACGGCCGGAAUGUAUUGUGCAGGGAGGUACAUAACAGAUAUCGGGGUGAGGAAGGAUGUCGUCAAGGUUGCUGUUGAGGACAUUGCUGCUAACCUUGGCUGGGUAGACUCUAGCCAAGAUAUAUUGCCCGAAAACGAAGAACAAACACCGCGAUGAUAAUUGUUCAUAGUGACUAUUAGUUGCUUUUCUCUGCUUUGCUUGACUGUGAUAACUCAAUUUGUAGUAAUAAAAUUGGAACCUAAACUUGUAUCUGUGAGCUUAUCAAUUGAGAAAAACUUACAACUGAA